AUGAUUCCAUCCACAAGUAAUGACUUCCUGGUUCGGGACCUCGCCGCCGGACGCAACUACGAUCUUUGCGUACUCGCGGUGCUUGAUGACGUCAUCACAUCGCUAACUGCUACGCGUCCUUUGGGCUGUCUGUCAUUCACCACAGACACGGACUUCAGCCAGUGUCAAGCCCUGCACAGCCACUUCCUGGGUGGUACUAUGAUCAUCAUCAUUGGAGGGAUUAUUGUUGCGUCUGUGCUGGUCUUUAUAAUCAUCUUAAUGAUUCGAUACAAAGUUUACAGCCACCAAGGUACAGGCCAUGGUAAAGUAGCCAUGGCAGCAACAGCACCAAGACCACAGAGCAACGGGCAAGGAGGAGGCAGUCAAGUCCAAGUCCUCCCUCACUCUGCCUCAAAAAUGACAGACAAUCAGGAUGAACAUGUUCUAUCACCAUCCAGGGCUAUGUCGCCUAGCAACCCUCUGAGAGACACGGUGGCAUUGGUAGAAGAGGAGAGCAGUGGACAGAGCGGUACGACCAAGGCUGAAUCCCUGGCCACCGAGGAGCUACUCUCACCAUCCAAGGCCCGCUACUCAUCCAGGGUCGCCAUUGAGAUGAAAAUCCGACCAUCGUCCGUCGCCAAAGAAUGCUCGUCCCCCAAGGAACUGGCAGGUAGUAAAGUAAAAAGAUACAAGGAAGUAAUAGACAGAGAGGAAGCCAAUGGCAUUUCAGGGAGGUGA